AUGAUGCUUUCAAAGAGAAUCGUAAAGGAAACUCAAAGAUUAAUGAGUGAACCAGUACCAGGUAUUAGUGCCUCACCACUCAAUGAUAAUCUUAGAUACUUUAAUGUUGCUAUUUCAGGCCCAGUAGAAUCACCAUUCGAAGGUGGAGUUUUUCAUUUAGAGUUAUUCUUGACAGACGAUUAUCCAAUGGCAGCACCAAAAGUACGUUUCCUCACCAAGAUAUAUCAUCCAAAUAUCGAUAAAUUAGGUAGAAUAUGUUUGGAUAUUUUAAAAGACAAGUGGAGUCCAGCACUUCAAAUUCGUACUGUACUACUUUCAAUUCAAGCCCUUUUAUCUGCACCAAACCCAGACGAUCCCCUUGCCAACGAUGUUGCUGAACACUGGAAAUCAAAUGAAAAGGAUGCAAUUGCGACUGCCAGGGAUUGGACCAAGCGUUACGCAAAUACUCAAUAA